AAGAUUUAAAAAACAGACCAGUUUGAAAGGAAAAUGAGUUUGAUCCCCAUUCUGCCACUAGAUUACUUUAUCAAAGAUGUGUAUUUAUGAAAUGUAAAUCCAACUUUAACCACAUUUGAUUUUAUCUGGUCAGGUCUCUUCCUGUGAUCACCCAAAGAUACAGAGGUGCUGAGUAGUGUCACCGGUGUCAAAAAUGUUCAUGAAUAUUUCAGAAGCUGGCUGAUGUCAACAGCAGCUGUAAAGCGCCUAUAAAGAGGAUGUCCUCUGUACAGGAGACCUCCAAACCCUCCUCACGUCCAGGCAGCCUCCGCAGAUUUCCCACUCUUCUCCACCCGCCGAAGAGAAGGACUCCUCCCGCCUGUGUUUCAGCACCAUGGUCAGCGCUCGGACUCUCCUCCUCGCGGCCACCUGCUGCUGCACCUACCUGUGGCUCGCUCAUGCUGAAGACUCCUCACUGGAGACGCGCUCAUUGGAUUUCCCCCUGAAAACCCAACAAGAGAAAGACCUGAUUGACGCGUUGCAGGAAGUUUUGGAGAAACUGAGGAGCAAAGAGAUGCCCUUAGAGAAAAAGCUUGGCUGGCUGCCUUCGUGUGACGCAGGGGAGCCGUGCGCCGUGCGUAAAGGCGCGCGAAUCGGCACUCUGUGCAGCUGUCCCCGGGGAACUUCCUGUAACUUUUAUGUUCUCAAAUGUUUGUGAAGAAAGAAGAUAACAGAAAUACAAGAAAACACCGGGGAGAGUAUAGGAGGGCUGGACUGACAACAUCAGUUGUCAUUCUCCUUGUAACAAAAUUAAAAACGCAAUGUAAUGUGUGAUUAAUAAUAUUAUUAAAGGACGCUUUUCUUUUAUAAACUCGGACUGUUAAAUGUUAGAUUAUAGGUUUUCAAUAGAGCUGAUGGUCUGUGUGCAGCUGUCUCUUUUUGUCAGUGUUUAUCAAAUUUUUUUUUUUCGCUUUGUUUGUUGUUGUUCCUGUUAUGGGGGAAAUAAUGAAGCUAUCAUGGCAUCAGUUUCUAAACACAUUUGUAAGAUAAGGAAGUCAAUAAAUCAACUAAGUUAUAUACAAUUGUCUG